AUGGUGCCUCUUAGCUACCUUGGCUGUGUCAACAUCGGCGUGCGCAUAGUCCGAGAGCAGUUCCCUGACGCACAGCUGUACGAGGUUCAAGGGGCUGCACCCAAUAACGCCUACGUCAAUGAUGUGAAGAAAUUCUCACGCCUGCAGCUUAUAUUCCAAGCCGAGGAAGGCAGAGGGACUGCAAUAAUCUCCACGUCGAGCCAGUGGGGAGAGUUUGGGCCCGUGUACUACGUUGGUCAGCCAUGGCUAGAGGACGUUGUCAUCCCUUGGCCCAUCGACAUGGAUGCCACCGAGGCGGACAGGCUUCUCAGAGAGCAUUACAGCGGCCCAUAUAACAGCAUGCUUCUUCGUCACCCUUUGUAUCCCGGGUAUAAUGAGCCCUACUACAUCUUCAACGUGGCCGGGGAAGGGUUUGUGUUUGUCGGCGUCAAUUCGAGGAAGGUGUUCAGGCCGGCUCAAGGCUUGGCGGAGAAGAUGGCGAUUCCAACGUCGGCUUCGGAGAAGGACUGA